AUGAAUUCAGGACCCAAUUAUCGCGAGUGUUCCAUCUCGCACGCUGAAAGUGUGAAUGGGGACUCACGUGGGAACGAAAAUGACUACAGCUGUCACGCAUAUGGCGCCAGCAGCGAGAAGAGGAGUGACUAUGGAGACAGCCCAAAUGAUCCCUCGGCCAUGAUGUACAUCCCACAUGUAAACUUGAUGGGGAAAGGGGCAUACCCUGUGGCAGGCCCCAAAAUAAAUAUAAUCUGUACAGCUCAUCCUAGCUGCAGCGAAGUGAGUAUGGCUGAGGAAAGUGCGAACGCUUCAGAAAGGGUGUCCAGAAAGGCGCCCGAAAUGGCUAGCGCCGUCACACGCAGUAACAACCCGAACGGGACAGUAAAGAAUCCACUCACGAACAAGGAAGAAAAAAACUUAGACAUGAGUUUUAUAUACAAUAAGUACGACCAGAAUGGAUUGCUCUAUUGCAAAUCUAUUAAGUUUUUGAUGAAAAGCGAAACGAAACAUAAUUAUGUAAAGACGUUAACAGUGAAAAUUAACAGUCUCAAAAGUAUUGGGGGAAAGCAGUACAUGAGGCUGGAGCUGUCCGAUGAUACAAAUGAGUUGUUUUUUUAUUACCUAGAUUUGUAUGAAGAAAAUUACGAAAGCAUAAAACGAGAACAGACGCUUGUUAUUAACUUUGAUUUAUUUCCAUUUAAAUUUAUCGACCUGUUGGAAGAAUGUGUGCUCGAAAAUGAGCAAUGUGAAAAAGUGGAGGACCAGAGAUUGCGCGCUGUUCUCAUGCUGGACGGGGGUGGUAAAAUGACCGAACGGGAUGCACACAAUUAUGGAAACAGUGGGAAUGACAAUGGAGGGGGGAAGGUGGGUGGGUCCCAUCCCUAUUACAAUAAUCAUAUAAACUCUGGAUACAACGGUGGUGGAAGUAAUAAUCCAAGUUACUAUAGACCAUAUGCCUACAAAGGCAACAACGAUAACGAGGAAAAAAAUGCAGAAUGUGCAGUUCUCAAUUUGGUCGAAAUUAAUCAGUUUAAAGAGCUCACUCAUUUGUCUCUCCAGCUUAAGAGAGCUGAUCAUGAAAACGUAAUUAGCUAUUUGUGCAAUAAUAUAAAAUAUAUAAAAUCGUACAAUGGGGAAAUCAUCACCAAGCUGAAUGAAGAAAUUGUACAAAACAGUCAGAACGUUGUCGAAAUUAGGAAUUUGCAAAAAACGAUUGAAAAUUUGGAAAAAAAUAUUGACAAUUUGAAAUGCGACUUUAACAACACAUUAAACAACGACAUAAACAAGUUGAGAAAAGAACACGAAAGGAUUAUCGAAAAGAAAGAAGAAAAAUUCAACUCCGAAAAUGAAGAACUCAAAAAAGAUGUGGAAAAUUUAAAAAAUAAAUUUACACAAUUAAAUGAAAUGAACCAAAAUUAUGAACAAAAAAUUUUUCACCUGAACGGCAAGGUAAAAAAUUUGAAAAAUGAGUUGGAAGAAAAAAACGCAAACUUUGUAAAACUCCUGAAGGAGAAGGAAGACAUCGAGUGUGCCAAAUGUGAACUGGAAAAAUAUAAAAACACAUUUACUGUUGAGUUUAAUAAUCUUAAAACAAAAUAUGAAAAGGAAUGCGAAAGUAAUAUCUCCAAUAGUUCCAGUUUUGAAAGCAUCAAAAUUAGCAACUCCAAUCUGGAAACCGAACUGAAAAAAUACAAAGACAGGAAUGGAAAACUUGAAAAAGAAAUCAACAUCGCCAUUGACGAAAUUAACAAGGGGAAUGACAUCAUCACGAAGCUUCAAACACAGCUACGCAAGAUGAAGGACAAGCUGAAGUGCAAGACGAUUGAGCAUAUGAACGUGGAGAAAGCCAGCUCGCAAAACAUGAAUGAAAUUGGAAAACUUCAGGCAGAGGUCAAAGCCUUGGAGGAUAAGCUCACUCAGCGCGAGUCCGCGGAGGAGGCGCUCCGCAGGGAGGUCGACGCCCUGCAGCGUCGCAACGACGAGAUGGCCAAGGAGUUGAGCAUAUCCCGGGAAGUCAACCUCCGCCUGAAUAAGGAAAUAACCAACAACAACCUGGACAUGUACGCCGCCAAGCUGAACGUGGGCGGGCCCCCGAACGUUGUACCAGGUGCCAACUUCCGCGUCGACACGAACCUCCUGGACAAGGACUUGUUCACGAAGUUGAAAGCAAACUUGAAGAGCUCCACGACGCCGGGUCCGAGCCCCGCGUACCGCAUGGACGGAAACAUGAACCUGAAUUUAAUGAAUGGGAAAAUAGACACCCUGGACAUCAAUGAUAGGUACAGUAAGCCGGUGAAGUUUAUCCCCCCCGGAAUUUGA